AUGAUCAACGUUUGGAGCGCAUCUGCGCUGCACAUAUUCGCGCCCAGGCGCGGCGCGGCCCUGGCUGAGGCCGGCGGCGGCUGGGAGCGGCGCGCGGUGUGGCUGGGCGUCACCUGCGUGUGCGUGGCGUUCUCCACGCUGGUGGCGGUGACGGCCCCCUUUUUCAGCGAACUGAUGGGGCUUAUCGGGUCCCUGGGGGACAUCAUGAGCAUGUUCGGACUGCCCUGCAUCUUCGCCAUCAAGCUGCUCAAGCUCGGUCGCACGGAGACGGCCCUCUGCUGCUGCCUGGCGGCCGUCGCGGUGGCGCUCAGCGGCUGCGGCCUUGUCAGCAGCGCGCAGCAGCUCGUGGAGGCGUUUAGGGGCAGGCCCGGCCGAUGA